UAAACUUGCAGGACUCUGGGAACAGAAUAAAGGAAUGGAGCAGUUGGGAUUGCUCUUCACAGCCAGUUUGGAUUCAAUGUAUAAGAUGGCCUUAUUCUGUGCCAUUGUGUCUAAUUUUCCUCCUUAAAGGUUCUCUGUUGAAUCUGGCAAAGCAUCCUGCAUCCACCGUGCAGAUUCUGGGUGCAGAAAAGGCACUAUUUAGAGCACUGAAAACAAGAAGAGAUACUCCAAAAUAUGGUUUAAUUUACCAUGCAUCACUGGUUGGACAGACCACUCCAAAGAACAAAGGCAAGAUCUCCAGGAUGUUGGCAGCCAAGGCGUCUUUAGCCAUUCGAUAUGAUGCUCUGGGUGAGGAUACAAAUGCAGAAAUGGGUGUGGAAAAUAGAGCCAAGCUGGAAAUUCGCAUACGACACUUAGAAGAAAAAGGGAUGAGAAGGAUCAGUGGUACAGGAAAGGCUCGUGCACAAGCUGAUAAAUACCAGCACAAGAGUGAGGUUAAAACAUAUGACCCAUCUGGGGACUCCACUCUACCUGCAGUCUCAAAGAAAAGGAAAUUUGAAGAAGUGGAUGAUGACGGAGAACAGAAAGAAGUGAAAUCCAAAAAAAAGGCCCGGCUUUUAGAGCCUGCUGUGACAGAACCUGUUGAAGAGGCUGAGCCACCAACAAAGAAGAAAAAGAAGAAAGAAAAGAAGCAGGAAAUAGAUGUAAAGCAGGAAGAGGAGGAACCAUCAACUUCAUUUGUUACAGAGGAGAUCCCAGAAAAGAAGAAGAAGAAGAAAAAGAAAAUGAAAAAUGAGUGAUCUGUAUCCAGUAAUGGUAGACUGUAAUUCUGCUGUUCAAAGCUCCACUCAGCCCUGAUGGUGCUUUUUAUUCAAAAGGAGAAAAAUGUUUUUGUUAUGCAGGAUGUAUGUUUUUUGAUGGCAGUUAUCGGAACCAUUCAAUUGAAGACUCCUUUGGUGUGAGAAAUGGACUAUAAUUUUCGAUGCUGAUGCAGUUUCACAUUCCCGCACCCCCCACACUGGUCAACUAUAAACUGUUGCCCAAAACAUUUCACUACUUCCUGUAACAGUAGUAAUUAGAAUAAUGGAUGUUUUAUCAAAUAUUUUCCUUUUGUGCAGAUAGAACACACUGACCGUUUUUUGAAAAUUAUUGGCUUUUUAAAUAAUGUUUUCAGUAAAAGUGUCUAAGAACUCA